AUGGAUUCACAAUACACAUACUCAGCAAUAAACGACCAGCGCGAUGCCCAAAAUGUGCCACCACGCGAUGAUAACAGCCCGAGUCCCGAACCAGGAUACACACCGCGAAACAACAUGGCAUCACCAAUAGAAAUAUCACCCAUCUCGAACCGCGGCCAUUUCCACGAGAUGUUUUCAGAACCGCGCACAUCAGACGAUAAUCAAGACCAACGGCCUCUCCCCAUAUCAAGCGAGCCGAUUUCCGAGCACAAAAAGCGACGACCAGGAAGACGAUUUGAUCGGGUUGGAUCAUGGACCUGGGAAGUCGGUGGAUGCGUGCUGAGCAUCGUGAGCAUCGCGCUUCUCGUCGUAUUUCUCGCAUACGUUGAUGGUGACAGAUAUGCGAGCUGGGAACGUUCCGUUUCGCCUAAUACAGUUGUUUCUGUGAUUUCUACCGUCGCGAAAGCUUCUAUGCUUGUGCCUGUUUCGUCUUGUCUCAGUCAACUCAAAUGGACUACAUUUCACAAUCCGACUCCGUUUUACCACAUGCAAGUGCUUGAUCAGGCUAGUCGCGGUCCGGUGGGUGCGUUGGAGUCUCUCUGGACAGUGACACCGGGGCUAGCAACUGUGGGAGCGGGUUUGAUGAUCCUCGCGGUUGCUUUCGAUCCAUUUGCGCAGCAGAUAUUAUCGUAUCCUUCUCGUCGUGUGGAAGUUGAUACUGGGACAUCUGCCGUUCAGUCUGCGGAUCAAUAUUGGCCUGCCUGGACUAGAAGUGUCGCGCCUCAAAUCGACAUUCUAAAUAUUACGACACGGGGACUUGAGCCAUCGAUGCAAGCUGCGAUUUUCAACGGCCUAGCCCAAUCCAAAAAUAACCCUCUCAAUCCAAUCUGUCCCUCCGGUGACUGUGAAUACGACGAUUUUGUGACAUUGGGCGUCUGUUCUCAAUGCAAGGACGUCACGAACGAGGCGAAUCAAUCUUGCAGACCGAGUCCGGACCAGCACAGACUUUACACUCAGGAAUGGAUGGCCGAGAUUCCGCUUGACUGCAAGUAUACGACCUCGAGCGGAGCUUCUAUAACACCGGGGAUCUGGGUCGAUGAUGCUAAGUGGUUGUCACAAGACAAUUACUCAGUUUUUGCCAUUCCGAAUUUGUGGUCUGCUGUCAGCUUAUCAAACAGUUCUGCCGUCAAGGAGGGCGAUCGAGCUCAAAUCGUCUCGUUCCUGAGUGCCAAAUACGAAGGAAGACUAACGACGUGGACUUCUAAAAAUAGCACUACGCCAGAGGAUAAGCCUACCCUGACGGAAUGCUCGAUGUCAAUGUGUCAAAGAAAAUACACCCAAACACGCGAAUCGAAUGAUGAUGGUUUGCAACAGAUUGAGCCGGUCGAGAAUCAGGACCUUUACCUAGGUGAUACUAUCCAAUCCAACAUCACUGGUAUAUGGUUAUCAACGCUCGUCUCACCCAAUGAUACGAAAGCUCUCUCGCCCAACCCAAAUUAUACCAUUGAAAAUAAUACCUGGGCGGAUCUAUCCCAUACUCUGACCGGGUUAUUCAAUUCAACCCUCUACACAGCCGAUGCACAAUCCAUCGAAAAACCAAUCCCAGGAUUUAAUCCCCUCCUCAUACUCUGGAGUAGCACCAAUUUAAUCGACUCAGUGACGUCCAUGACCAACAGCAUGACAGACCACAUUCGAACCAGCACAUCCGCGAAACAACUCCCAGGAACAAUAAUCCGCGCAGAGACAUACAUCCACGUUCGCUGGGCCUGGAUCGCGCUCCCCGCGAUCUUGGUUCUUCUCUCAGUGGCGUUGUUGCUGGUCGUUUCGGUGGAGAAUCGCAAGUACAGCACUUUCCUAUGGAAAUCUUCUGUUCUCCCUUUACUCUUGGGUAAAGUGCAGAUCAAUUCUGAGCAUGAAAUUGAUACGCUGCAAUCUGUUACGGAUGUGCAGGAUGAGUCGAAGAAGAUUCGUAUAGCUGUGGAAUGUGAGGCGCCUUGUCCUGAUUUCAUUGAACGGUGA